AUGGAAAAAUUUCCAGCACGUAUGGUCGAUCUCAAACCUCUCAGAGAACCAGCCAGAAUUUUAUCACCAGCCCAGUCCACAGAAAAACGUAGAGCUGAAGAUUUAGAUGCUAGUAAAGAUUUAAAAAAGGCUAAACUGGAAACGAAAGCUCUGAAAGCUAAGAGACCUGGAUUUACGGAUGAUCGUUAUAAUGAGACUAGUUAUUACAUCGAAAAUGGAUUGCGGAAAGUAUAUCCAUAUUACUUCACGUUUACCACAUUUACAAAAGGCCGCUGGGUUGGUGAAAAAAUUUUGGAAGUAUUUGCACGUGAGUUUCGAGCUCAUCCAGCAGAAGAAUACGAGAGAUGUAUCCGUGCUGGAACUCUAACAGUCAAUUAUCAAAGAGUAGAUGUUGAUUACAAAUUGCGACACAAUGAUUUACUUGCUAACGUAGUUCACAGACACGAGGUGCCUGUCACCUCGGAGCCGAUCACGGUGAUACAUAUGGAUGAGGACAUCGUCGUUGUCAACAAGCCUGCCUCCAUCCCUGUCCAUCCUUGUGGUCGUUAUCGGCACAAUACUGUUGUUUUUAUUCUGGCAAAAGAGUAUAACUUGAAGAAUUUACGCACUAUUCAUCGGCUGGAUCGAUUAACAAGUGGUAUCCUAUUGUUUGGACGCACUCCAAAGAAAGCCAGACAAAUGGAACACCAAAUUCGGAAUCGACAGGUUCAUAAACAAUACGUAUGCCGUGUAGAGGGUAAAUUUCUGGAUGACGAAGUAGUUUGUUCAGAAGCAAUCGAAGUGGUUUCCUAUAAAAUUGGAGUUUGUAAAGUAUCGCCAAAAGGCAAAGAUUGCAUUACUCGUUUUAAACGUCUAAGCUACAACGGGAAAACUUCAGUAGUUCUUUGCAAACCACAAACCGGCAGAAUGCAUCAAAUUCGCGUUCAUUUGCAGUAUCUCGGUUUUCCAGUUGUUAACGAUCCUUUGUAUAACCAUGUUGUUUUUGGACCUGAAAAAGGUAAAGGCGGUAACAUUGGUAAAACUGAUGAAGAAUUGGUUAAGGACCUUAUUAAUAUUCAUAACGCUGAAAAUUGGCUUGGAAUGGACGGGGAUUCUGAAAUGAAUCUUUUUAAAUCGAAAUUAGAAAUAGAGGAUACUGUCUCUAAUUCAAAUACUGACAAAGAAGGAUUAUUAUUGCCAACAACUAAUUUUACAAAAGAGGAACAGAAUUUGUCGCAAGAGCAAAAAAAUUCGACUACUCUCAAAGUUACAGUGGGCACUCAAACAGGUUCAGAACCACCUGAUUCAACAUACGCAGAUAAUAAACUCACUGUGGAUCCCCACUGUUAUGAAUGUAAGGUAAAAUACAGAGAUCCUAAGCCUUCAGAUUUAGUGAUGUAUCUCCAUGCUUGGCGAUAUUGCGGUCCAGGCUGGGAAUAUGAAACACCACUCCCUGCUUGGGCAGCGAGUGAUUGGACUGGUGAUGGUGAUCGAUAG